GGAGACUUGAACGAAGCAUUCACCCCUGACAUAAUUCCGCGGGAAAUUCAGUACCACCCAAACAACAUAUUUGUUUGGAUUACAGAUGUACUAAGAACAAUAUUUUGGGAUUAAAUUGCCUAAAACCUUGUUACUUGUGCAGUUCCGUCUGAAAAUGUCAAAGAAGAAAGGACUCAGUUUGGAGGAGAAGAGAACUCGUAUGAUGGAGAUUUUCUUUGAAUCUAAAGACGUGUUUCAGCUUAAAGACAUUGAGAAGAUUGCCCCCAAGUCAAAAGGCAUUGCUCCGAUGACGGUGAAGGAAGUGCUUCAAAGCCUGGUGGAUGACAACAUGGUGGACUGUGAACGAGUCGGCACAUCCAACUACUACUGGGCCUUUCCAAGUAAGGCCUUACAUGCUCGUAAGCACAAACUGGAGGAGCUGCAGAAACAGGUUUCUGACGCAAAGCAGCGAAAAUUGUCUCUGGAGAAAGCGAUUGAAAAGGCAAAAGUGGGACGUGAAGAUACAAAAGAAAGAAGCUCUCUGCUAAAGGAGCUACAGUCUCUGAGAGACGAGCGGACGCAGCUGCAGGCCGAGCUGGAGAAGUACCGCGAAUGUGACCCAGACGUCAUUGAAGAAAUGAGAAAGUCGAAUGUUGUGGCAAAAGAAGCUGUGUCUAGAUGGACAGACAAUGUUUUUGCCAUCAAGUCUUGGACAAAAAAGAAGUUUUCUUUCGAUGACGGCCGCAUCGACAAGGCCUUUGGCAUCCCUGAGGACUUUGACUACAUGGACUGAUCAGGACAUCUUCCAUGGAACCAAAAGGGCAAAGAAAUGUUUGUUAAAGCUCUCUGUUUGAACCCUGGUUUCCUGGCAUCUUCAUUUCGAGUUUCUGUUUUGUUCCCUGGAGCGAAGAUAAAUGCAUCAGGAUUCAGUUUGUUUUUAUAGCUUGAAGAGGGAUGAUUGGUGAGUUUGCCAACCCAGAUGGACUUUAUCAGCAGAGAUGUUUUAGGUGCAACUGGAGAAGAGACCGAGCCAAGCAUUAGUGGCUGAGGGUUGGCGGGGGGUCCUGACAUAAACACAAGUAAGCAGACUGACUUCUUGGACACCUGUUUGAAUGAAAACUGAGACCUCCAAGCCGACGAUGGAAACGAAUCAACAUUCAGUGCAUCUGUAUCUCCAAUUUAAGCAUUUAUGUUUUAUACAGAUGGUUUAGGGUCAAGUACUGGGGUCCUUUUUUCUUCUAGAUUUUCCAUCCUUUUUCACCAUCAGGCAGCAUUGAUUUAGUGCACUGGAAUGAAUGUUAGAGUAAAAUGUUGAAGACAGGGUUAGGGAAUAGUUUUGUAAAUAUUUACUUUUUUAGGUGCAAUAAAGAUAUUUUUAUUGCAAAUAAAUUUGAGUCUUAGUUUUGCAGUUCUGGUACAAGUUGAGGUUGUUGGUGUUUAAUGUUUGGAUAUUCUUUUGUUUUUUUCUACACCAAGCCUUCUGUUUUAUGUCUAUGCAAAAUCUAUCAUUAAAGCUUUUCUUCCACUAAA